AUGGCCCCUUUUACGGUUGGCGAUUACCUUGCCAAACGGCUCGCCCAAAUCGGGAUUCGCCAUCACUUCAUCGUCCCUGGCGAUUACAAUCUCAUCCUCCUCGACAAACUCGAGGCGCACCCGGCACUGACCGAGGUCGGCUGCACAAACGAGCUGAACUGUUCUCUAGCCGCUGAAGGCUACGCCCGCGCUCACGGGGUCGGCGUCUGCGUCGUCACAUACAGUGUAGGGGCCUUCUCGGCCUUCAACGGCGUGGGAAGUGCGUCUGCAGAGAAUCUCCCUCUCAUUCUAGUUAGCGGAGCCCCAAAUACCAAUGAUGUGGGUCAACGUCUACUACACCACACGCUCGGCGACUAUGACUUGACCUACCAGCUUGAGAUGGUCAAGAAGAUCACGUGCUGUGCGGUAAGGAUACGCAAAGCCGCCCACGCCCCGGAGCUGAUCGACCGCGCCAUCCGAAACGCGCUUGUACAGUGCAAGCCGGUGUAUAUUGAAGUGCCAACGAACCUGGCUGGGGAGACAUGUGCCCGGCCUGGACCCAUCAGCGCCGUAGUUGCGCCAAUCUCGAGCGAUGGCCCGGGGCUGGAUGCUGCUGUGGAAAGGGCUUCUGAGUACAUCAGUGCCAAACAGAAGCCCGUUAUUCUUGUUGGGCCCAAAGUCCGAAGGGCCGGCGCACAAGAGGCGCUGCUCCAGCUGGCCGAGGCUAUUGGGUGCGCUGUUGUCCUUCAGCCAGCAGCAAAGGGCUCGUUCCCCGAAGACCACGCCCAGUUCGCAGGUGUCUUCUGGGGCCAGGUCAGCACGCUUGCAGCGGACGUCAUUGUCAACUGGGCUGACGUUCUCAUCUGCGCCGGUACUGUGUUUACGGACUACAGCACGGUCGGCUGGACGGCUUUGCCCAGCGUUCCGCAUCUAGUUGCUGAUAUGGACAACGUAACCGUCCCCCCGGGUGCCUUUUUCAGCCGUGUCCAGCUAUGCGACUUUCUGUCUAGGCUCGCCGAAUUCGCCACGUGGAACGACGGCACCAUGGUCGAGUACAACCGACUGCGUCUCGACCCCCCCUUGGGACAUGCCUCUCGCGGGCCGGACAAGUUAACUAGAAAAGAGGUCGCUCGACAGACGCAGAUGCUUCUGACACCAGACACGACGGUCUUUGCCGAUACAGGCGAUUCGUGGUUCAAUGGAAUCCAGCUAUGCCUUCCUUCUGGGGCAGAGUUUGAGAUCGAAAUGCAAUGGGGCCAUAUCGGAUGGACGAUACCUGCUUCGUUUGGCUAUGCCCUUGCCAAACCGGAGAGGAGGACCAUCGUUAUGGUCGGCGAUGGCGCUUUCCAGAUGACUGGCCAGGAGGUUUCGCAGAUGGUGCGAUGCCGCGUGCCUAUCAUCAUGCUUUUGAUGAACAAUAGAGGCUACACGAUCGAGGUCGAGAUCCACGAUGGGUUGUAUAACCGGCUUCAGAAUUGGAACUAUGCGCUCUUGGUCCAAGCAUUCAAUUCUAACGAGGGCGGAGGGCAUGCCCUUGGUCUUGAGGCGCAUACUGUUGACGAGUUUUCUAGAGCUCUCGACAGAGCAAUGGCGCACAGGGAUGGGCCAACGCUCAUCGAGUGCAACAUCCAUCAAGACGACUGCAGUAGGGAGCUGAUUACCUGGGGGCAUUUUGUUGCGGCGGCUAACGCCCGUAUCCCGACCAAGAAUUAG